AUGGUGUCAUGCAUGGAUACCUGUUCAUUAAGUAACAUCACUUUUCCACUUUGUACUUUUAAUAAUUCUUACGAAAGAUCAGUGAAACAAAGAAGAGAACACCAGACUAUUUUGCUGAAGGUCAUUGUAAAUAAUUCCAGUUUCCAGAAUAUUCCAUGUAUUUGCCAGUCAUCCUGGAGGGAACAACAGUCUCACUCUAAACAGACAGAGUGUGAAUCUAAGACGGAUGUGAAUGUUGAACAUCAAGGAUCAGGAUCAAAAGCUAAAAAAACAAAAGGCUCGUUUGAAGUGAAAACAGAAAAUGUUACUUAUUUUUAUAAAUAUUUUAAUUUCACUACAGUUUCCAAGAAAGAAGUGGAGCAUAAUACGAACUACAUGGUGGAAAUCCACAUUAACAAUUCUAUAGCUGGAGGACGAAAUGCAGCUGACGAACAACUAAAUCAUUCUUGUCUCUUGGCAAUGGUGGAAGAACAAAAUGACUGUAUAAAUAUUUCACUGCAACUGAAGUCUUAUAUGGAAUAUCCGACGUGUAUGGUGAAGAUCACUUGGCUCACUAUGAUUCCAGUAGUUUUUGUAUUUACUGUUUCGAUCGUCAUCUACAAAAUAGUCCAAGAAAAUAAACAGAACUAUUAUAAACAGAGAGUAGCAACAUCAAUGUCUACUGUUCUGAGAAGAAAGGGUUCCAGGCAUGCAAGAAGAACUGUAUCUGCUACUAAAAUUCACCCUUUUCCUGUAGUAAAAACCAGCAAACAACAGAUUCCACUUCCUGCACAGACCACAGAGAUACUGCCUGUAAUUCCUGAACAAGAGCAUUGUCAUGUGGAUCAGCUGUAG